AUGGAUCAGACGGAGGCUGGCCGCACAAUCCCCAAGUUCGGCGCCUGGGACGUGAACAACCCGGCCUCCGCCGACGGGUUCACGGUCAUCUUCAGCAAGGCCAGGGAUGAUAAGAAGGCCCCCGUCAACGUGCACAAGGCCAGCAAGUCCGCCGACGGCAAGGACGCCAGGCCCGACUCCAAGAUGAACCAAUCCUACAGCAACUCCAGUCUCUCAAGAGAUUCAUUCAUUCCCAUCUGA